AUGGGCCAUGGGGCAUGGUAUCCUACGAGUGGUGGACUUGGAUCGAUUGUGACGAUGGUACAGACUGAAGAUGAAUUCUGGAUGGGAAACGGAAAAUUGGCCGGAAAUUGGUGGCCGUGGACAUGGAGCCUCACAGUAGUGCUCCUCAUAUUCACCUUCCGUUUGCUCACGUUUCGCUUCCGCUUUUCUCGCCGGAGGCCGACCGUCUCAAUUCCUGUCGAACCUAAACCAGACGGUGGUCUUCCCUCUCCCCGAGGCCCAGGGGUUAUAUCGGAUUUGGAUUUGAAGAAUCUCAUCAAUGAACUCGACGAGAAGUCGCCGGAAAACGGUGUGGUCUGGUUGCCAUUUGCUGACAAGCUCAACCUCUUACUGUUCUCGAAUCAGCUCUUUGAAACCAGUAGAAGGGCGAGGCAGAUUACGUGCUCAGGGAACCCCCUCUCCUCUCUUCUUCUCUUCAUGUAUGAAAACGUCGCGGACAAGAGUAACAACAAUCUGAUAUCAUAUAAGGCCAAGUGCUGCAAACCUAAGGAUGGGCCGUUGAAGUACCUGAGCGUGACUGUCUUUGAGGAAUGCUCGGUUGAGCAGCUGUUGCAGAUGGAUGGUGACUCCGGCACUGAAUUUGGCCGGAUGAUUAAGAAGUUUCCGUUGUUAACACCCAGAGAUUACGUAUUGGCAUGGAGAAUCUGGCAGGGAGUUGAUGGAUCCUUCUACUGCUUUUGUAAGGAAUGCGGCCAUCCUUUGGCUCCACAUGAGAAGCGUUACGUAAGAGUAGCUUUGUUCAGAUCUGGUUGGAGAAUCAGAAAAGUUCCUGGUAGAAAUGCUUGUGAGAUCAAAAUGGUGCACCAAGAAGAUGCUGGUCUGAAUGUAGAAAUGGCAAAAGUGGCCUUCGCAAAAGGAAUAUGGAAUUACGUGCGCAAGAUGGAUGAUGCCCUCCGUAAAUACUCUGCUGGAAGGCAGCAUCUACUGGAAUAUAAACUCUGA